AUGGCUCUGUCCGCUACGGUGGUCACGUCCCAGGCAAGAGUGCUGCCUCGCGCUGCCCUCGUAAGGGACACUUUGCCUUGGCUGGUACCCGAAGUGGUCUGCGAUUCCAGCUUUGCAAGCCGGAAGGUGGUCUAUACCAUGACAAACACUGUCCCGAAUUCGAUUGUCGCCAUGGCAGCUUCCGCCGAUGGUAGUCUCUACGCUGAGAGCAUACUUACUGCCACUGGUGGUAACGGAGGAAACCUGAUCAACCCGAUGACUGGCGAGCCUGAUCGGCCUGAUGCUCUUUCCAGCCAAGACUCAGUCGUCGUUGCAGGAGACAUCUUUGUUGCUAAUGCUCCUCAGUUUCUAUUCAAUGUAAACGCGGGCUCGAACUCGGUCUCCAUGUUCGCCAUCGAUCCCUGGAAUCCUUUGAAGCCAAUGCUGCUUGCUUCUCGGAGCUCCGUGGGCGACUUCCCUGUGUCGGUGGCUGUCUCGAUGAAGCACAAGAUUGUUUGCGUUGCCAAUACUGGCAUCAACGCCGGUGUCAGCUGUGCCUCAUUGGAUCCGACUUGUGGAAUGAACGAAUUUGAUGCGCUGCGCCGAUUCAAUGUCGGCCAAACACAAAACCCACCGACCGGUCCCACCCCCGGAGUUGGAGACAUCAUCUUCAAUGCGGAUGAAUCCGAGGUCAUCGUGUUCGCAAAGGGUAACGGUAGAGACAUUCCUGGAUUCGUGGAGAAGUAUACAGUUCUCCAGAACGGAAGUGUCUCCCAGCAAGGCCAACAGUACAAACCGCCUGGCUUGGGUGCCGAAUUUGGAUCAGCCGUAAUCCCUUGGAGCGGCGACUAUGUGGUCUCCAGUCAAGCCAACUUCGGUGCUGUGGUCUUGGAUCUGAACGAUUUGACUGCCGAGCCAAAGGCCAAGACCAAUGUCACCGACCAGAAAGCAUCGUGCUGGGCUCAGGUCUCGUCCUUCACGGGCACUGCCUUCAUCACGGAUGCUGCCCUGAACCGCCUAGUAGAGACCAACCUCACCACUGGCGAGAUUGUUAGUGAGUACUCACCUCCUAACGACAACCCUGCCAUGACCGACUUCCGAGCUUCAGGCAGCAAGAUGUGGUUCCUCGCUGCGGGCAACGGUACCACUCCAGCCAGCAUCUGUACGAUUGAUGUCAGUGGUGGCCCGAAGAGUGCUAUGCAAAUCCAGAAUAUCGCGAUUCCUGGCGCGGAUGCGAACGCGCAAGGUCUAGCAGUAUACGAGAAGUGGUGGAUGUGA